AUGCGGCAACAGAUCAUGGAUCUUGAGGCAGAAAAGGAGGAGUUGGUGUCGGAACACGACAAGACUUUGAAAGCAGUGAGGGAGGAGCACACACAAGUGGUGGAGGAUUUAAACUUGAGCAUGCACGGGAAGCUGAGGCAGGAGUAUGAAGCAUCGCAUUUGCUGCAGCAGGAGCUGGAGGAGUGCAGGCAGCAGCUGCAGAGCGCAGAGACCGGCCAUAAGCGAGCGAUUGAGCAGCUCACCAACUCCUACGAGGAGGAGCACCGGUUCCAACUUCAGCAGUGCAAGGACAAGGCGCAGUGGCAGAAGAUGGAGUACGAGCUCAUACUGAAGACGAUGGCGGAGGAGAUCUUUGCCUUACGAUGCAAGUACAAGGCCAAGUCAAAAACCAUGAGGGACAUGAGUGCCCAGUACAAGGAUGAAGCCAGGAUCAUGAAGAAACGGGAUCUUGAGGCAGAAAAGGAGGAGUUGGUGUCGGAACACGACAAGACUUUGGAAGCAGUGGGGCAAAUGGUGGAGGAUUUAAACUCGACCAUGCACGAGAAGCUAUGGCAGGGGAAUGUAGCCUCACAUUUGCUGCAGGAGGAGCUGGAGGAGUACAGGCAGCAGCUGCAGGGUGCGGAGACCGGCCAUAAGCGAGAGAUAGAGCAGCUCACCAGCUCCUACGAGUCCAGACUGGAGCAGCUCACCAGCUCCUACGAGUUCAGACUGGAGGAGCACCGGCACCAGCUUCAGCAGUUUGAGUGCCUGGGGGAAAUCAAGAGUGAAAAGAUUGAGAAACUUGAGGCAGAGGUGAAGAAGAACCUGAAUAUCAUUAGCAAUCUGGAAAAUGACGUCUUGGGCCUGAAACAACAGAUUAUGUUGAGGAAUGAAAACAUUCAGGAAAAAAUUUCAGAAAUGAGGGAGAGGAACACUGACCUGCAAAGCAUGAAAUUCAUUCUGGACAACCGUGUUAAAGAACUGACAACGCAGAUCAAAGAGCUGAAGAUGGAGGAGGAACUGAUCCAGUCCAGCGCGCAAAAAUCCCGGCAGGAGAGAAGCAUCACAGACCUCAAACUGAAGCUGAAUGCCAAAGACAAGGAUAUGCGGAAAAAAAUGGAGAGGGCAUGCGAUACAAGUACUGUGGUGAAAAGAUUCAAGGCUGACCUCCUUAGCUGUGUGGGCUUCAUACAGGAUCCCAAGAGGCUGAAAGAAAGUGUGCUUCAGAUGCAUGCGCGGUACAUACGGCAGUCUGAUGAAGAUCUCCUGCGGCAGGACCUGGGCAAGCUGAGAGACGGCCGCGAGGAGGUCGAUGUUGCCAGGAACAUGGUGAAGUCUCUCCAGAGGAAACUGUCCAAAGAGACUGAGUUCCACAGCACUCAAAGAUUCAAACUGAUACAAGAAAAUUCCACCUUGAUCAAAGAGCUCAACGAUUUCAAAAGAGCGCUAAAGGACUCUCAAGAUAAGGUCCACGAUUAUGAGAACCAGUUGUCAGUUUACAGGAGGAAGAAGCCAUCCAAUUCCUCUGGCACCAAAGGGCCAGGGUCUACUUCAUCCCCGCGUACGCCACACAGUCUGGCGACUAAUCUCACCCGUAAGGAGGUAGCGCAGAGGUUGAUUCCCUGGCAGCGUGCUUAGAUCGAACGGCUCCAACAGAUCCUCAACCCAACAGGGAAGUAUUCACCAAUAACUAUCCACAACACCCUCUCACCUACUAAAAUACCCUCUUUUAGCCCACCAAUACCUACCCACAACACCCUCUCACCUACUAAAAUACCCUCUUUUAGCCCACCAAUACCUACCCACAACACCCUCUCACCUACUAAAAUACCCUCUUUUAGCC